AUGCCCAUAAAGCUCCGUAGCCCUCGGACCUGUGGGUUCUCCAUAGUGCGCUCAAAAAUGUCGGAAGUGGAGAGAGCCAAGUCCGCCAUACGCGAAAACGAUACAAUUUUCGGGAAAAUCAUUCGAAAAGAGAUUCCUGCUAAAAUUAUAUACGAGGAUGAUGAGGUAAUGGCUUUUCAUGAUGUCAGUCCGCAGGCACCGGUACAUUUCUUGGUCAUCCCGAAGAAAAGAAUAGCUAUGCUGCAAGAAGUGGAAGAUGCAGAUCAAGCUCUCCUUGGAAAGCUUAUGGUGACGGCCACCAAGGUAGCUCGUGAACUCGAUCUAGAAAAUGGCUACCGUGUCGUAGUAAACAAUGGACCUGAUGGUUGUCAGAGCGUUUUUCAUCUACACCUCCAUAUUCUUGGUGGACGUCAGCUUGGAUGGCCACCGGGAUGA